AUGACGGAGGUGCUGCGAAGUGAUACGGAAGUGGGUCGCCGCGAUGCUUUCGACUUCUCGUACUGUGGUCGGAACAUUGCGCUGCAGGCGAUGGGAGUGCAACCGCCGAGGAUGACGAGUACCGGUACCACGAUUGUUGCAGUCACUUACAAGGUUAGGAAACCUCAGUUUUAA